AUCAAUCUCAAACAAAUAAAGCCACAAAAAAGAAGUUAAAUAAAAUAAAAAAUUAUACUCAAACAUUUGGAAUAAGAAAAUGAAAACAAAAUCAGAGGUUUUUAAUGAGUAGCUGAAACUCUUCAUUUGUUUGAAAAUCUCACAUGCAAUGAAUGUUAUACAAAAUCUAAUAGAUUUUUUUCAUCAUCUAUAAAAUUAUACAGGACUCACACCAUUAAUCAUCAUCAUGUUACAUCUUACAUCAAACUCUUCUUUCCUUAUUUUCUUCUUCUCUCUCUUUCUCUUUCUCUACUCCUUUCAUUCCUUCCCUAUACGAGAUGGUGUUAAAGUGGAUGGUGAUGAACAACUCAACCAAGGUGUUAUGCAGAAUUCAACUCUCAAGCUUGCUCAAAUACAAACUAGUAGGAAUGAUUUUUUUAACCAUUUUGAAGUUUACACCGGUGGUUGGAAUAUCAGCAAUUCUGAUUAUAUUACGUCGGUUCUUUCAACUGCGGUUCCCAUAUUCGCUGUUGCGGCAAUAUGGCUCGUACUCUUUGGGCUUGUUUUACAGAUCACAUGUUGUUGUUAUUGUUGUUUUCCCAAGCAGUCCGAUGGUUAUUAUCAACCAGAUUGCAUCUCCUUGAUCUUCCUCAUCCUAUGCACCAUUACAGUAAUAUGUGGAUGUGUUGUUUUGUACUCUAAUGAACAAGAAUUCCAAGAAACAACAUCAGACAUAAUAGAUUACAUUUUGAGCCAAGUUGAAUUCACAGUUGAAAAUUUAAAGAACGUGUCGAACUCUUUCGAUUCAGCUAAGACUAUUGCACAUGAACUUAAUUUGCCACCUGAUGCUGAUAUGGGCAUUGAUAGUGUUAAGAAGAAAAUUUUGGAUGCAGCGAUAAAUAUUUCUAACAAAAGUCAUGAUAAUUCCGAAAUAAUAUAUCGUGUCUUGGAUGGAGUGAAAUUAUCUCUUGUUCUUGUUGGAUCUACUAUGAUUAUUGUCUCAGUAAUUGGAUUAUUUACUUCAGUACUUGGAUUGAAGUGUAUUUUAUAUAGUUUAGUAGUUGCUGGAUGGAUUAUUGUUGGAGGAACAUUUAUACUAUCCGGAGGAUUUGUUUUUCUUCAUAAUGUUAUUGAUGAUACCUGUGUUGCCAUGAAUGAAUGGUCUGAAAACCCAACAAGUCAUACAGCCUUGGAUGAAAUUCUUCCCUGCGUCGAGAACCAAACAUCUCUCGAAACCUUCUUGAAAAGCAAAUCAGAAACAUAUAUUCUUGUGAACUCAGUUAAUGGUUUGAUUUCCAAAGUAUUGAAUGACAACACCUUCCCUAACAAUAAAUCAGGCCCUCUUGUUCCUCUUCUCUGCAACCCAUUCAACAGUGACCUCACAGUUCGACAAUGUGUCGUUGGUGAAGUAGGAUUUGAAAAUGCCAUUGAGGUGUGGAAGAAUUAUACUUGUCCAGUUUCUGGAUCAGAUAAUUAUUGUAGCACAACUGGUCGUAUUACACCAUUCAUUUACAACCAGCUUACUACUAUGGUGAACGUGACCUACAGUUUAUAUCAUUAUGGACCAUUUUUGGUUGAUUUAAUGGACUGCACCUUUGUUCGGAAAACUUUUAAAGACAUUAACAACGAUUAUUGUCCCAGUUUAGAAAAAUGCACUAAAUGGAUUUAUUGGGGAUUAUUUAUGGUAUCUGGAGCUGUAAUGUUGUCUUUAAUAUUUUGGAUUUCAUAUGAAAGACAUCCCUAUCAUAAUCAUUAUUACAGAAGACAGUUUUAACUUUGUGGAUUAUAAUAUAUAUUGAAACUAAAUAAAGUUUGGUUGA